AUGCCUAAGCUGAAUCCAGAACCAGAUUACAUCAUUAAAACAAGACCACCAAUGUGGGAUGAUUGGAGAUUGAAUAUUUUCAGAGGUGUCAAGGAGAACAGACUUAAGUUAGAAGCGAAUAAGAUUGCAAGAAGAAAAUGUUGGGAAACUGGGCAAGCUCUUGAAGAAUGUAGUAGUGAUAGAGGUAUGUUUAAGGCAUGGACUUGUAAGAAAUAGUUUGAUGAUUUCCUGACAUGCUGCUACCACGAAUAAUAAGUAGAGCUUGACAAGCUUAGAAGAGACACCAAGAAACACACAGAAUGGUGGUGGCUUAAUAUAUAUGAUGAGCAUGGUGAAGUUGGUUUACAAGCUCACUGGAAACCCGAGGAAAGCCUCAAAGACAUGUGGAUAAAAAAUAUACUUUACAACUGGAUAUUCAAACCCACUGAAUCCCAAUAAUUCGAAUAGCGCCAGGAAAGACUUGAGGAGUUAAGGAAAAAAUAGGGAGUCGACAUAGAUAUAUUCAAGGAUGAGUUCAAUUUGGACUUCCACAUUGAUGCAGAGAAAGCGCAAGAGUAUGGAAACUUUUAGCUUGAUAAAAAAAUAUACAAUGUAUGA